AUGGGCGUCCUCGAGACUGUUCGGGGUCGUGAUGAUGGUGGUGCCAUUGCCAGGACUAUAAUUGCCGACGAAUCAUACGGAUCGCAUGCACACGAUGCAAAUGAAAAAGCAAGUCUCGAUGCCGGCCAAGAAGCGUCGUCAUCGGACACCGAUGCACCCAGCCCCAGCGGUUUUCACGCAGGCGAUGUGAACGACGAUGAGAAGGAAUUGGCACAACACCCCGAUCAGGUCACAGAGGGAGCCGAGCUGGGCCAACAGAAGGCUGAAGCAGCAGCUCUUGUCUGGAGCUGGCCGGCGUUGGUUGGAAUCUAUGCUUGGAUCUGGAUCUGCUUUUUCAUGUUGGCGUUCCACUCCGCCAUGAGUACCUUCUUGAUCAACUACGUUAUGGGAAGUUUCCAAUCCGCACCGCAGGUUUCAACAGCAUACAUUUUGGCAAAUAUUGUCGGUGGCAUUAUGAAACUGCCAAUGGGUAAAACCUUGAAUCUAUGGGGUCGUGCUGAGGCUCUAGUGGUGUCAACGGGUAUCUAUGUUCUCGGUAUGAUUGUUUUGACUGCCUGCAAUGGACCCAAUGGAUACGCAGCGGGCUACGUGCUAUACUGGAUUGGGUACUAUUGCAUCUAUUUGAUUCUGGAUAUCUUCAUUGCCGAUACAUCGGGUCUGCGAAACCGAGCCUUCGCUUUCGGGUUCAUCCAGACACCGUUCAUUGUGACUGCGUUCACCGGCUCCCUAGCGGCAAAUUCGGUCUAUACCAAGUACGGAUGGCGAUGGGGAUACGGUAUCUUCUGUAUUGUGAUGCCGUUCGUGUUCUUGCCUCUGGCUGUGGUGUUCAAGUUUUAUGAAAAGAAAGCAAGGAAGCAGGGUCUCUUUCGUCGCCAGCCUAGUGGUCGCACUACGAUGCAGUCUGUUCUCCACUACUUCCAUGAGUUUGAUGUGAUUGGUGCACUCCUUCUAAUGAUUGCUUGGGUCUUGUUCCUCCUGCCAUUCAGUCUGGCGCAGUAUGGACGCUCCCAGUAUUCAAGCGCAAGCUUCAUUGCUCUCAUCAUCAUCGGGUUCUUUAUGUUUUUCGUUUUCGCCGCAUGGGAGAAAUGGGGUGCACGAACACACUUUAUCCGCUAUGAGUUGAUCAAGCGACCAACUAUCCUCGGCGCAUGCCUUCUAUCCGCCGUGCUCUUCUUCAGCUUUGAACUCUGGGAUCAGUACUUCUACAACUUUAUCCUGAUGUCCUAUAACAUCCCAGCAGUUCAAGCAGGAUAUAUGCUCCAGAUCUAUAAUGUCGGGUCGUGCUUCUUCUCUCCCAUUAUUGGAGCCAUUAUCUGGGCGACUGCGCGGUUCAAGUAUAUCUGUCUGUUCUUCGGCGCACCACUGAUGAUCCUCGGGUCCGGCCUGAUGAUCUAUUUCCGUGGCUCAGAGCACGGCAUUGGAUACGUUGUUAUGUGUCAACUCUUUAUUGCCUUCGCCGGUGGCACCCUAGUGAUUGGCGAAGACAUGGCCGUCAUGGUGGCAGGUGGUCGUGAAGGCACGCCGAUGAUGCUGGCACUGAUUGGUCUCUUCUCCAACAUCGGUGGUGCGAUCGGUUUGGCUGUCGGUGCCGCCAUUUACAACAACGUCUUUGUUGAUACCUUGGCUUCCCAAUUGCCUGAUAACCUGAAGGGCAAUGCCACUCAGAUUUACUUUGAUGGCAUCAAUGUUCAGACAACUUAUCCCUGGGGCUCACCUCUUCACACUGCAGUUGCAUAUACUUGGGGCUAUGCCCAACGCAUGAACUGCAUUGCGUCGACUUGCAUCCUGGUUCUCGCUUUCCCUUGCAUUAUGGUUUGGAAGAACUACAAUGUGAACAUAAAGCAGAACAAGGGUCAAAUGAUAUUUUGA